CAAAACGGUGUUUUUCUGGGCACCUGUUAUGAAAUGGGGUUUGGUAUGUGCUGGAAUGGCUGAUAUGACCAGGCCGGCAGAGAAGCUGAGCACGGCGCAGUCUGCAGUAUUGAUGGCCACAGGCCUCAUUUGGUCAAGGUACUCUCUCGUCAUUAUUCCUAAAAACUGGGGCCUUUUUGCUGUGAACUUCUUUGUUGGCUGUGCUGGUGGUUCUCAACUCUUCCGAAUAUGGAGGUAUAAUCAGGAGCAAAAGGCAAAACAACAAGAGCAGCAAAAGGAUGCUUAACCCUACAGCCCAGACUCAGCUACGCACAAGCCCUUCCCAGUGGGACCUAGCUUCACUAAUUUUAAUAUUUUCCUCUAAGGAAUGAAAGAGGAAAUCUAAAUGCCUAGAGAGCAAGAGUUUUCUCUUAUCUCUUCUGUUAUGUGCAAAUAACAGAGUAACUCUAUG